GUUGCUGUGAGGCCAAUGAAUGCCGCUGAGGGCAGAGCUGCAGUGACGUAAGAGUUGUUGCUCCAACCUGCUCGUCCCUCACAUUUCUGCUCAGACAAGUACGCCCUCUGACUGCAAAGCUUGACUUGUCCGGAGUCCCGCGUGUCACUUUCACCCAGGUCAACAUGUGUCCCAUGAGCGCCGUCAUUGGCUGCUUCACUGUGAUGGGGGCUCUCCUGCUGCUCCCCUCCAACUGGAUCAGCACUGUCUUGGCGCUGCUGUUCCACAGAACAGGCAGAGGCCUGUUCUGUGGAGGCUCCUGGAAGUUCAUCUUGGUGGCUCUGUGCACCUGCAAACGGGACUUUUUAUGUCUGCUCGUUUUAUUGCGAGUGAGGUUGGCCAUGUACCAAAACGCAAGGAGGACUAUACCCGCCUUGUUUGCAAAGAUGGCAGCACGGCACCCGGACAAGCCUGCCCUCAUCUACGAGCCCACAGGAGAGGUGUGGACUUUCAGGCAGCUGCAGGAGCAGUGUCAUGCUGUGGCCCACUGGGCACUGGCACAAGGGUGGGCAGAGGGGGACGUGGUGGCCUUGUACAUGGGAAGCUGUCCUUCCUUGGUGUCCCUGUGGUUGGGUCUGGCAAUGGUGGGAGUGGAGGCCGCGCUCGUCAACUACAACCUGCGACUGAAUUCCCUGCAGCACUGCGUUAAUGUGUCUGGGGCCCGCGCACUGGUGUUUGGGAGCGAGCUGCGGCAAGCCGUGUUUGAGAUUAGAGGGUCAUUGCACUCCAACAUGGUUUUGUUCUGCAGCGGCGAACAAUCCGAAAAGGAGACCCUAGCCGAUUUCAAAGUUGAGAGUCUGGAUGAACUGCUGGCAUGUGCCCCCAGGCGCCCGCCCAGCUGCACGCUCAAAAAGACAUUCAAUGACAGACUGUUCUACAUUUACACAUCUGGUACAACAGGAAUGCCAAAGGCAGCCGUGGUGGUGCACAGUCGAUAUUUCCGUAUUGCUGCCUUUGGUUUCCAUGCUUUUGGUCUACGAGGUGAUGACAUCAUCUAUGACUGCCUUCCUCUAUAUCACUCCGCAGGCACGAUCAUGGGUGUAGGUCAGUGUUUGCUGUUUGGUGCAACCGUCGUCAUCAGAAGUAAGUUCUCAGCCAGCAGGUUCUGGGAUGACUGUGUCAAACACAAUUGCACUGUCGGGUUGCGGGGGCAGCAGCCUAAACAGAGAAGCCCAGACUUCCCUCUCCCCAGCCACUUCUUCCAGCUCUUCUCGGGGGAUCCUGAGGCGUUCCCACAAAACUCCUAAACUACACUUAAAAAUGAGCUAAUAUUGCCUGAAAUAAUGCAUUCUUGUGAGUUUUCCGGGCUUCACGGUGGCAGAGGGGUUAGUGCAUCUGCCUCACAAUACGAAGGUCCUGCAGUCUUGGGUUCAAUCCCGGGCUCGGGAUCUUUCUGUGUGGAGUUUGCAUGUCCUCCCCGUGACUGCGUGGGUUCCCUCCGGGUACUCCGGCUUCCUCCCACUUCCAAAGACAUGCACCUGGGGAUAAGUUGAUUGGCAACACUAAAUUGGCCCUAGUGUGUGGAUGUGA